AAUGAAGUUUGAUACUGCACACUUUGAAAUCUUCUCUUAACAGACUUAAACAAAAACUAAAGAAUUAUCCAAAAAUAAACAAUAAAAUAUUGGCCAUUGGACUGAUUAAGAACAUAAACUUUAUCUGGAUUUUCUCUAUAAUUCUUAAGAUUAAGUAGAAACAAUACAAAAAAGCAAAGGGUAAAGAUUUUUUAAGAAAAUGAGUUAAAAUAUUGUUACACGUAGCCCAAGCUAAUGUAGGUAUGUUUUUUGAAUUAAUUUUAUCUAGAUCACAUCAUCAAAAGUUCAAUCCCUUUGUUGUCUAAGGUAAAUUUCAUAAGACUACAAAGAAAAUAAGACAAUCUAACAAGCAAUCGUAUCUUAAUAUGAGAAGUAAAUAAUAUAUAAGAUAAUUAUUCCAAAAACUUAGAAAUACAAGAUCUGAAUCUAUUUCAGAAGAGGAACUUGACUAAAGUAUUUAAUGA